AAGAAAAUGAAGAAAAUUUCCAUAAACGAGUUCUAUGAGAUUAUUUCAGAACCCAUUAUGUUAAAAGAAAAAGAAAGAAAAACAGUGCAACAUUCUGAAUUACCCGAGGUGGACGAUGAAUUGUCAGUGUCAUUACGAAUGAGACUUAAGAGUCAUCAUUCUGGUUGGACCACUGUUUUUCGUAAAGGUAGUGACGAUGAAGUAGUACUAAUGCGUACACCUGGACUCUUCCUAUAUGCAAACAAUUCCAAAUUACAUCCCCGUUUCACAGGAAACUGGGAGAGUAAUGCAGGAAUCGGUGCAGUUGGGGAUGGGCUUCUGUUUAAUAAAUGGUAUCAUAUAACUUACACACUUUCCGAUCGUGAAAAAAGAAUGGAUAUCUACAUAAAUGGUGUAUGGACUGCAUUCAAUGCUAUCGAAAAUGUUCAAAUGCAUAAAGUUAAAUUUAAUGAUGCACCAUUGCAUAUUGGAUGGUUUGAUGGUGAAAUUGAGUAUGAUUAUAAUAAUAAUUAAGUUGAUCUAAAUUGUAAAU